GUUUGGAAAAAAAAGACCACUGCGUCCGGGAAGCCCCAGCGAUGAUUGGAUGCAGGAUUGAGCAUGGGGAAUCAUCAAGCUGCAGUAGAGAUGCGCUUUAUGGGGUCCUGCAGGGGCUGCAAGGGGUACGAUGUAGCAGCAGCAGCAAAGGGCUGCUAGUUCUCCCAAGUGUUUGUUCGUGAGAUUAAGCGCUACUUACCUCUGUGGGUGUGUGUCUGCGUGCGGACUCAGAACCUCCGAGACGCGUCAGGUGGAUGCGCUGAAGUGAUCCACUUCGCCCCUAUGGAUCGCGUCCAUGGAUGUCUUCAAACCUGCUUUGGACAACAGUUUGAGUCCCAAGGCGUCAUUAUCUGAAGAAGCAGAGCCGGAUGUCUUUCGCUGGCCCAACACAGCGGAGAGCGGCAGCGGCUCGGCGCAGGAUGCGGAGCCCGCCGCGCCUCCGCCGGGCGUCUGGACGGCCGUGUUUGACUAUGAGGCCACUGCGGACGAUGAGCUCAGCCUGUGCAGGGGAGACGUGGUGGAGGUUCUAUCCAAGGACUCUCUGGUGUCGGGAGACGAGGGCUGGUGGACCGGUAUGAUAGCAGACCGGGUUGGCAUUUUCCCGUCCAAUUAUGUCAGCAAAAGGAACGGAACAGAGGACGAGGCAGGCCUGCGGGAGAGCUCGGAGCACUCAGUGCCUCCUCUGCACCUCUUGGAGAUUGAAUUCUCAGAGCUCACCCUGGAGGAAAUCAUCGGAGUCGGUGGUUUUGGAAAAGUCUACCGUGCGUUGUGGGAGGGCGUUGAAGUGGCCGUGAAGGCAGCCCGACGGGACCCUGACGAGGAUGUGGCGCAGACUCUGGAGAGUGUGCGUCAGGAGGCCAAGCUCUUCGCCAUGCUCAACCAUCCCAACAUCAUGGGUCUUCUGGGGGUGUGCCUGCAGGAGCCCAACCUGUGCCUGGUCAUGGAGUAUGCUCGAGGAGGGCCUCUGAACCGGGCACUUGCUGGGAAACGCAUCCCCCCUUGCACGCUGGUGAACUGGGCCGUGCAGAUUGCACGAGCCAUGCAGUACCUCCAUGACCAGGCCAUCGUACCCAUUAUACACAGAGACCUCAAGUCCAGCAACAUCCUGAUCCUUGAGAGAGUGGAGAUGGAGGACCUCAGCAACAAGACUCUGAAGAUUACCGACUUUGGUUUGGCUCGGGAGUGGCACCGCACCACCAAGAUGAGCGCCGCUGGGACCUACGCUUGGAUGGCUCCUGAGGUUAUCCGCUCGUCCACGUUCUCCAAGGGUAGCGACGUGUGGAGUUAUGGCGUGUUGUUGUGGGAGCUGCUAACUGGAGAAGUUCCUUUUCGAAGUAUUGAUGGUCUCGCUGUGGCUUAUGGAGUGGCUAUGAACAAACUGGCUUUGCCCAUUCCCUCCACAUGUCCUGAACCUUUUGCACGCUUAAUGGAGAACUGCUGGAGCCCAGAUCCUCACUCUCGGCCACUAUUCACAACUAUUCUGGACCAGCUCACGGCCAUUGAGGAAUCAGGCUUUUUUGAAAUGCCAGCAGAAUCCUUCCAUUCCCUGCAGGAGGACUGGAAAUUGGAGAUCCAGGAAAUGUUUGACCAGCUAAGGACCAAGGAAAAGGAGCUGCGAUCGUGGGAGGAAGAGCUGACCCGAGCUGCACUGCAACAGAAGUACCAAGAGGAGGCGUUAAGGAAGCGUGAGCAGGAGUUGGCAGAAAGGGAGAUCCACAUUGUGGAGCGGGAGCUAAACAUCAUCAUCCACCAGCUCUACGAGGAGAAGCCACAUGUGGAGAGCAGGCAGGGCAAGUUCCGACGCAACCGCCUUAAACUCAAAGAUGGGAACAGGAUCAGCCUGCCCUCAGAUUUUCAGCACAAAAUUACAGUGCAGGCGUCUCCAUCCCAUGAUCCUCGGAGGACUCUGCUCAGCAGUGGGUCCAGCCCUCCAACUAGCCCCCUCAUGCUGCCUCGCCUUCGAGCCAUCCAGCUUACUCCAGGUGAGUGCUGCACAGAGAUUGAGAGAAAGGGGUCAAGAAAGAAAGGCCGUUCCCGUGGGUGUGGUGUCUACAGGGAGCACAGUGCAGAUGCCAGUGUGAAGCCUCCCCACGAGGGCAGCAGGCAGCGGUCCUGCAGCGCCCCAAACCUCCGCAGAUCCCCGAGACACAGUCCAGCAGUGCCUGGAGUGCCGAGCCUACUGGAGACAGAAAAUGAAGAUUGCUGCUUCACUACAGAGCCAGGUGCAGCUCCUGGUCAGUCCUACCUCUGCAUUCCUUUCCAAAAAGAUGCCCAUGCAUCUUCUUCCAUCGACAAUGAAGGAGAUGAGUACUACCUCAGCAGCCAGGCCCCUGGAACCCCAACAUGCAGAAAGAGCCCAGGUGGAGGCCGGCGUUCUGAGCUUGUCCUGCUGGGCUGUGGAGCUCUGUUGGCAGCUGUUGGACUGGGCUGCAACCUGCUAACUUUGACCCAGCCUGAGGAGAGCAUCAAAUCCAGAUGGGAGGGUUUCUUCCACAGAACAGGUGGCCAAAGGCGUAGCACUAGCUCCCCAACUCGCAGACUGUUCCAGAGGGAAAGCCCGCUAAAGACUUUGGCCCCCUCCCUACCCGAGCGAGGUUUACCCUCUUCAUAUACACUCCUGUCGUUAUCAUCAGUGUCUGACUCCAACUCCACCCACUCACUGCUGCGCUCGGACAGCGACGAGCUGUUGAUCUGCCAGGCUGCAUCGGCGUCAACCCGGCCUUCUGUUCCCCCUCCAGUCUCACAGCGUAAGAUGGUUCAGACCCCAGUCAACUCACUGGUCAACAUUCAUGUGGAGAGCUUCAAGCGUAACCCCCGGCAGUCUCUAACGCCCACACACGUCCCCUGCGUCCCACCUUCCUCACGGAGCCUUCGUAGAACCCCGUCUGAUGGAGCCAUCAAGAAGAACGGUCCUCCCAACACGUUGGAACCAUUGCCAGAGAAGAGAGCUCUAGACAACACAGCAGUUGGCUUCCGGGGUUUAAAAGAAGAACGUUCCGAGGUUCCCCGGCUUCCCGACCCAAAUGUGGUAUUCCCUCCAACCCCUCGCCGUCGCUGUGCUCCAGAACGCCCCAAAACCUUGGACUUUGUUGCUCGGCCUCGUCCUUCGCCACGGCCACGGUGCGACGUGUUCUGGGGGGAUUCGCUGCUUAGGGGCAAUGGACAAACCCUGGGCAGUGGCGAGUCGCCCGCCUACACCUCCAGCACAGAGACUCCGCCCACUGUAGAGUUUGGUAGAGACUCCACAGUCCUGCCCACCCCCAUGGAGGCCCCGACUCCUUUCCCCCCCCGCAGGAAUGCAAAUCUGCUGGAUCAGUUGGACGAGGGACAGUGUCGGGACGGAACAGUCCCUCUUUGCAAACCGGAGACCAGCCUUCCCAAAGACUUACCUUAUAAUCCAGGAUUCUGGCCCUGACUCAGUCCAACACACAGACAGAGGUGGAUUUUCUGUCAGCUCUAGGAUUGUCACCGCUCUAAUCGGUUAACCUUCCCCAGUCUAGAACUUUGGAACAAAAUUUCAAUAAGGUGUUUUUUUCCUACAUUAGUUUAACACUAUUUUGCUAAAUAAUAAUCUAAAUUGGCAUCUAAAACAUGUCUGGCUUUAGAGAAAGACAUCAAUCCAAAUCCCCUUCAUCUCACAUUCAUCAACUUUAGAUUCUUGUUUCUUUCUGCAGAAGCUGUCUGUUGGUUUCACAGCAGAACAGUAUGGACACCUUCACAAAGCUUUACACUCCUGUUUCAAACUGGAGUUUGAAUUGUUCAUUUAAUGAGGUGCACUUUUGAAAAUCUUCAUGAAUGUAAAACAGCUUUUUUUUUUAUUGCCAGGAAGUAAAUUGUAAAAUCACUUAAAAUCCUCUGUUCUUUCUGUUUCCCACUCAUGUUCUGGCGGCGGAUGGGUUCCUCACCAGUCACUUCAUACCCCACAGACAGGGCGCUGUUCAUACAAGCACUCUUGUUUUUGCAUUAGUUCUACGUUGUUGCAACAGUAGGAACCACAAAAAAUGUCAGAGGGUUAAUUGAUUUUCUUUGGUUGUAAGUUUUUUUAAACUUACAACCAUGUUAAAGAGAUCAGAAGUGAUUCUAAAAGCUGAAAUUGGGAACUUUGUGCUUGUAUGUUGUUAAAUUGUUGGGAUGAGAAAAGCAAAGCUUGAUUAAUGGGGAUGGUAUUUUAACAACCACACAGCAAACAGACCCAGGUGAUGCGUGGAAGUUUGUUUUUUAUUAUUUAUAUUUUUAAUGAUCUAUUUAAUUUAUUUUAUUAAUUUAUUUGGUGGCUUUUUUAUCCUAUCUGCCUUGAUUUUUGACACUUUUUAAUGCUUUAUCUGAAUGUUUCUGGAGCUUUCAGCCUUUGCACAAAGCAUCAAGUCAUUUUUUUUCCAGCUGCACUUUCUUCAUUGCUCAUUUAUCAUUAUGAGGGUUUUCAAAGCUUAUCGACCAGGAAUUAUUUUUAAAUAUGAGUAUCUGAACAGCUCCUUGUUUUUUUUAACAAAACAAAUUCAAUUUCAAUUUAUUGAAAUUAAAAUUAAAAAAUCCUUUUUACAGUGUCUUUUGCCAAGAAAUGUAGCUGCUCGACGAGCACUUGUCAUAAAACAGUUUUUCUUGCUUUAGUAGUGUUAACUUGUAAAGAAUUCCUGUUGUUUUAUGGGAAGAAAUGAUUUGAAGAACGCCAAUCGCAUUGUUCAAAUAGUGAUGGAGAGCAGUUAUCAUUUUUUUCAGGGGUGGAAGGGGUUGGUUAGAUAAAAUAAUAACUGUACCAUUCCUAAACACACUGAUGAAUUAUUUUAAAACUAAAAAAAACUGAAGCAUGGGUUUAUGCUAAUUGUUCUUAUUUAGUUAGUUAUUUAUUUUAUAUAUUUACUUGUUUUUUGGGUUUCAUACAUGCAACAUAAAUGGUACAAAUAAUUGAUAAUUGAUACGUAUACAUUUGAAGGCACCCCCCAAAUCCCCUUCAUGACUGUGAAGAACAUAAUCAAGUUCCACGUACUAUAAACAUUUGUUUGAACUACAAGUGAAGUGAUGCUGAGGUUUUGGAUGAAAUGUGAGCACAAAUAAGCUUAAAACACUGUUUACCAAUGUUGGUUGUGCGGGUGAACUAUACUGCUAUUGAGUGACUUGUAUUUGCACUGGAAUACACUGACUUGAGUAAAAUCAUAGAAAAAGA